AUGAAACUGGCCAUUGUGCUACUGAGUUGUUGUUACCUCUGGGUGAAUGCAGAUGUCCUUCUUUGUUCGGACUACCUGGUCUCCGGUUUCCAUGGUGUCAACGACACUGCCAUGACUUCUUCAAGUAACUUACUCGACCUGAAUCACGACAACAGUCCAUAUUGUGGCAGACUUGACUACCCCGGUGAUAACAACGUUUCACCGCCGAAGAUUGGAUGUUGGAUCAGUGGCACAAAUGAUAUAGAACAGUAUAUACAGGGAAGACACAGUCUACAUGAACAAUGGGUCAAAUCUUACUACCUACUGUACAGCAUGGACGGUGUAACGUGGACAACUGUGUCAUCACCUGACGGAAAUCCAAAAUUAUUCAACGGAAAUGUUGACACGCAAUCCCCAGUGACGUCACAAGUUACACCAAACGUCACAGCUCGCCAUUUGCAAAUUAAUCCAAGGGAAUGGGAGAGGUUUAUUUCACUCAGAUUUGAUGUCAGUGGAUUGACAGCCAUGACAGCAAGCAUAAAGGAUUGUGCGGCUAUAUGUCGUAACCAAGGAACAUGUAUGGCCUUCACCUACCGGACCGCCAACGGAGUACAGUGGUGUACAGGUUACAGCGCCUGGAUCGUCGUACAGGGACGAAUCAUCUCCGACAUAGGUGUAUUUGUUAACCAAGAUGUCCUAGAUAUGUAUCGGUACAAAGAGGACAACGAAACUGGUAUUUUGUACAACAUCGUUGAUGUAAAAAUGGACCAGGCAAAGGCAGCAAGCACCUGUACAAUUAUGCACACUCAACUCUUGACAAUCGACACGACAUCCAAGAUGUCAAGGCUGCAACAUAUUACUGCUGGGUACUUUGUGCUUAGACGAGACCUCCGAUUUUACGUCGCCGGAGUGUACAGUUCUCAAACAUGGAGCUACAAUGGAGGAACAGAUGUGAUUAAGAGCUCCCUCUGGUCUCCUGGAAAUCCCGAUCCAGGUCAAGGUCAUUGUGUCAUGUUGACACAGACAGGACUGGCCAGUGUGGACUGUCAGCAACAACUCUUCUCAAUCUGUGGUAAUUAA